AUGCUCACGUCCGGCCCUAACAGGCCUUGGACCAACCGGUCACAGGUGCAGGCUCUUGUCGACCAGGCGUGUGACCCUACUCUCCUGUCCAGCAACGAUGUCGUCAACGUCGAGCUCGCCGAGGUGAUCAACAAGAAGAGGGCCAACAGUGCCCGUGAGGCGACGCAGGCUCUGCUUGUGUACAUCAACUCGCGCAACCCGAACCAAUCGCUUCUCGCCUUGGCUGUUCUCGACUACCUCGUCAAGCACUGCGGUUACGCCAUUCACCUCCAGAUCAGCACCAAGGAGUUCCUGAACGAGCUCGUCCGUCGGUUCCCGGAGCGACCUCCGAUGGUGGUAGGCCGCGUGAUGGGCCGCAUCCUUGAGAUGAUCCACGAGUGGAAGAACACGAUCUGUGUUACGUCAAAAUACAAGGACGACCUCGUCCACAUCCGCGACAUGCACCGUCUUCUCAGCUACAAGGGAUACCGCUUCAAGGCCUUCGACGCUGCCCGCGCUAUGGCCAACUCGAAUCCCAACGAGAACCUCAAGUCGCCCGAGGAGCUCGAGGAGGAGGACCGAGCGGCCAAGAGCGCUAAGCUCCAGGAGCUCAUCCGCCGAGGAACGCCUCGCGAUCUCGCGGCUGCUCAGGAGCUGAUGAAGUAUCUCGCCGGCGCUGAGCCGGACAAGACGGUCGACUAUGAGAAGGAGACGCUUAAGGAGCUUGAGAAGGUUCAGAGCAAGGCCGUUCUUCUGAACGACAUGCUCGACAACGCCAAGGAGGAUGAGCGGAUCGGGGUCGAGGGCGAUGUUUACGACCAGGUGGCGGCGGCGUGCAAGGGUGCUCGGCCAAAAAUCCAGCGAUGGAUCGAGACGGACACCGGAGAGCACGAGGGCCUUAUGGACAAGCUGCUGGUGUGCAACGACCUCAUCAAUGCUGCGAUCGAGCGCUUCGAGGCGGCUAAGCGCGGCGACUGGUCUGCGGCCCGGAACAUUACUGUUCCCCAGCCUGGCGCCGCCGCCGGCUCGCAGAGGAGUGGUGGCAACGACCUCAUCUCUUUCGAUGCCUUCGCCGACGACGACGAGCAGCCGUCAGGCGGUCUUGCUCUUCCGAGUGGAUCGCAGGCGGCCCCCUCCACCACGAAUCCUGGGUUCACCGCCGGCGGUCUUCCCCUCGACCUCUUCGCCACGCCCUCGCCCUCUGGGUCCCCGGCACCUGGACCAUCGACCUCGUCGGGACCCUCUCAGCCCCGCAAGGACCCGAUGGCCUUCUUUAACCAGCCCUCCCAGCCGGUUCAGCCCCAGCCCCAGUACGGUGGCCUUGGCGGUCUGGGAUCUCUGCAGACCUCGACCCCUCCCGUCCAGUCGCAGUCGCCGUUCUUCCAGCAGUCGCAGCCCACCCCUCCCCUGUUCGGCGGCUCUCAGCCCUCGGCAUCGGCUUCCCCUGCCGGCGGCAACUUCCCCGGCUACUCGGUCCCGACGUCAUCUAACGGAUUCUCCUCUCCUUCGGGCUUCCCAGCUCAACAGCAGCCCGCUCAGUUGACGCCGCAGGCUCAGCAGCAGCAGCAGCAGCAGCCGAAGAAGAACGAUGCGUUCGCUGACCUGGUCGACCUCAUGGGAUGA